AUGUCCAUUCGUGCUCCUCCUGUACAAGUUCGUGGUGAUGGAUUUGGUCUAGAUGCUGAACUUGCACGUAAAGCUGCUGAACGUUAUAAUCACAAUAUGGAAAAUGAAGCGCGUGCGUGGCUUGAGACGAUUUCCGAGAUGCAAAUAGGUGAUGACUUUGGUGAAGGUCUACGUGACGGUAUUAUUCUUUGUACAGUUGCAAAUAAGAUUCAAUUGAAUAUCAUUAAGCGUAUAGAGACUAAAUCAAAGAUGCCGUUUAAGCUCAUGGAGAACGUAUCAGCUUUUAUUAAAGCCUGUCGCGUCAUGGGUGUUAAUGAAUUUGACCUGUUUGAGACUGUCGAUCUAUUCGAGCUGAAGGACUUGGGCAACGUGGUACGUUGUAUCUUUGCACUGGGUCGUGCUGUACAACGCAACUAUCCAGAGUUUAAAGGACCUACUUUGGGCGUUAAGGAAAGCUGCAAAAAUCGACGUUCUUUCACGUCAGAUCAGCUUGCUGAUGGUAAGAAUAUCCCCGCACAGCAGACACUCGGUAGUUUUCGCACGAUGAAGCGACAGACGUCUUCGUAUACGAACAAUGUCAUGCUCGGAGCUGACGCGGCUCAGAGCGCAUACCGAGCGCCUCCUCCUCCACCACCCCCUUCGGCUGAGAAAAUUGAGCAGUUGACUCAGUUUCGCAAGGCAGAUCACUUAGUGCUGCUAGGAUCUAAGCCUGAGGAAAGAGCAUCGCCUUUUAGGCUUGUACCAACGAAGGAGGAAAUUGCGACGACGGUGGCAGAGCUUUCGGAUGAGGUGGACAAGACGUCGUUGAGUGACAAGAAAGUCGUGUCGUCACUUUUUGGGUUGAAGAGCGUAGCUACUAAUUUUGGUCCUACAGCUGAGGAGGAGGCGCAACAAUGGAUUGAGGCAGUACUUGGAGAAAAAUUUCUAGCAAGCUUUGCCGACAGCUUGAAGGACGGCGUGAUGUUAUGUACAUUAAUGAACAAGAUUAAGCCAGGAUUCAUCCCGCACAUUCAAACGUCGUCAAUGCCGUUUAAGCAGAUGGAGAAUGUUAGUAACUUUGUUCGUGCAUGCCGUAGCAUUGGCGUUGCAGAGUUUGAUCUGUUUGAGACGGUGGACAUAUAUAACCAAAAAAAUAUUGGACAAGUUGUGCAGUGUAUCCACGCACUGGGCCGUACAAUUCAAAAGACCAUGCCUGAGUACAAUGGCCCUACUCUUGGUGUCAAGGAGUCUACCGUGAAUUUGCGUCAGUUCACUGAUGCUCAACGACGUGAGGCUGCUGCAGCUGUGCCAGUGCUGGCACAUGGCAGUCAGUCUGUUAUGGAGCGACGUCCAUUUGAUCAUUCCGCAUCGAUUACAUUCCGGUACGACGCAGCUGCCGCCGCUAUCGCUGCUGCUGACAAGCUAAGCACUGAAAAGACACUGGCGACGCCGGAAAAGCCUGAUACGGUUGAGCAUGACGCUCAGUCGGCAACGUUUGUUCAACCUCAGCCUGCGAACAUUCAAGCUGACGCCAUGCCGGCUCCUGAAGUAGAGAAUACGGAAUUAGAGGUUACGCCUGUGGCUGAGACGGAGAAUGAGAAGGAAGAACCAGAAAAGCUGCAGGGGCCAAGCCGGCUAGCGCAGCGAGUUGCAUUCCUCAAUGCGGCAAGCAGCGGAAGCGCUGCAAAGUCGCACCUACCUAUCGGGGGCUCGACUACAGCACUUCCGACCCGUACUGUGUGGAGCUAA